AUGUCUUCCAAGUCCCGGGGGGACAAGUCCUCCAGCGGCUUUCACCAGGAGUACAUCGCGUCCCUGCGCUAUCGCAAUGACCUCCCUCCGCCGCAUAUGCCCCCAAAGCUGCUCGACAUCCCGCACGAGGGUUUGAGCCGUUUUCUCACUCCAGGCUUUGCCUCCAAUCUUGCCCGGCGAGAGGAGCCCAAUAUCGAUGUCGACGCCGAGGGCGGUAUGCCAAUUGACCUCGUUGGUCUACCGGGCUUGCAUUUGGGAGAUGAGAGUGCUAUCAUGGCGCCUGAGCACCCCCAGCCUAUGGACCCCGCCGACCUCCCGCUGUUAAUGACCCUCGACCAGCUUCGUAAUCCUGCCCCGAGAAACACAAAUGUCAGCUUCCUUCGUCGUACCCAGCACAUUUCAGUCGAUCGCACCGCUGGCCUAGGGAGCGCCCCCGCAAAGGGUCUGAAUCCUGCAGUAAAGAAGGGCAAGAUCUCUGUGGAAGACCCCAAGCACAUCAAGAAGUUUAUUCAGAAAGGAUUCGAUAUCGCCUACCCCCACAGCAAGCACACUGGCGAGGAUACAGAGAGUCAAGUCAGGGGUCUCCCGGCGACGAAAGCAGAGACUGAUGCAUGGGCGCGACCUGUCCACCCCGACAACCCGAAGCUCAAGCCUGUCGGUUUCUUCCCUUUGCUCCCUGACCUCUCGGGCUUCCCCGACCCUGGCGGUUUCGUCCAGUUUAAAUUCGACAAGGCCCCUGUAUCUGCCGUCGCUGGCAAGCGGGACAAGCGUAUGGACGUGGCUCUUCUUCACCCAUCCGCACCGGAAGAGCGCAUCUGCCAGGAGCACGCCUCAAAGCAAGCUCUCCACAAGGCUAACCCCGACCUCUAUCCCGACCCUGGCCCCAUUCCCUUCGAUUACGACCUGCAUCUUCCUGAAAAGCAGGAAUCCGUUAAGAAGGUCUAUGCUAGCAUGGACCUGAACAACCCGGACCGGGACAAUGAGGAUCUUUACACCAACGAGGGCCCCGAUAGCACAAGGUACCACCGCUACGACCGUGAACGGACUUUCGCAACGAGCGCCCAGACUCUAAACACCGACCAAAAACUGAAGGAUAUUGCCUUGACUCUUCACCAGCCGCGUGAAGGGGAGACCAAGCAGCAGGCUGCAUACUACUAUCCCAUCAUCAGCAAGGUGCGCCUGAAGCCGGAACGCGCUCGCACCAUUGCACAGGCUGGUCUUGCCCCAACCGCGUCGCAAGCUCCGGAAGAGAAGAUUGAUCAACUCCACGUCACCGUUCGUGAUCCCGACGAGGCGGAGGUCUACAAGCGCUCGCUACACCGCGCGAACGUCGAUCCGAAAUUCGAGCAGACUCUCCCGCCGCCGCCUGCUGAGGAGGAUGUCCUCGAGGAGGAGGAAGGAGGCGAUGAUACUCGGAUGAGCGACGAGUAA